AAAGCGGAGCAAAUGGGAUCAAGCGGCAGAUCCAGCGGCGGCAGCAGCCGCAGCGCUCUCCACCAUCCCCUCCGGAACCUCCCCCGCCGCAAUCGCCGCCGCAGCCGCCGUCGCCGCGUCGCUAGCAGCCGCGGGAAAACCCGUCCCUACCGGACUUUCUCUCUUGGGAAUGCCGGGGAUGAUUCCAGGCCAAGUCCCGGGCCUUACUGGCUCGGCAGCUCCAGGUCCGGCGAUGCCGAACCUGGACGACGCUAAGGCCAGGGCUGAGAUGAUGGCUCGGCAAGUGAACGAAGAGUUAGCGAAGCGCGGGAUAGGCGUGCAGCGGAAGCCGGAAACGGCGGCGGCAGGGCCGCCAGGAAAACCGCCGCCAGAGGAGAUUGUUAAGGAGGUGGUGAUUAACGAGUGUAACCCUAACGUGCGUUACCAGCUCACGCGCCGCGGCACUCAAGACGAUAUUCACCGCAAGACAGGCGCGGUGAUUUCCACCAGGGGCAAGUUCUGCAACAUGAACGAUCCGAAGAAUCGCGACCGUCCAUUGUAUCUGCACGUGUCCCCAUCCACCGAGGCCAAGACGCCGGAGGAAAAGCAGCGGAUGGUGGACGCGGCCGUCCGUAUGAUCGACGACAUCAUGAAUCUACGGCCAGGAGAGCAGCCCAGGGCCCAGGCGCCCGAUCGGGCCGAUCCUGGCCGUCCGCCGUGGGGCGGCGAGCGGUCGAGUUCGUCCCGCGACAGCGGCAGGGCGGGGCGGGGCGGGCGGCAUGAGAGGGAGCUUGAGGCGGGCAGGGGGCGGGAAAGGGACAGAUACGAUCCGUAUGGGCGCAGCGACAGGGGCAGGGACAGAGACAGAGAGAGGGACAGAGAUCGGGACCGGUAUGGGAGGGACAGGGACAGGGAUCGGGAGCGGGACCGAGGAAGAGACAGGGAUAGGGACCGCGAUCAAGACAGGGACAGGGACAGAGACAGGGAGAGGGACAGGGAAGGGUAUGGCGCCCCUCCCCAGUACGCACCUCCCCCCGGAUCCUACCCGCCUGGUUCCUACCCCCCCGGGUCCUACCCGCCUGGUCCCUACCCGCCUGGGUCCUACCCUCCUCAGGGUCAGCCUCCCCCUUAUGGUGCUCCCCCCCCCGGGGGAUAUCCCGCCCCUCCCCCAGGGACAUAUGACCCUGCAUACGGCCCGCCUCCUCCCCACGGUUACCCAGGCUACCCCCCUCCUGCUGGCGCUCCUGGUCCGUAUCCCCCUCAGGGUGCCCCUGGGUAUGGCCCUCCCCCGCAGGGUGCACCUGGUGAAUACCCCCCGCAGGCGCCCGGGCAGUACCCUCCGGGCCAAUACCCGCCGCCUGCUUACCCCCCUGCUGGUUACCCUGCUGCCGCCCCGUCUCCAUAUGCACCUCCCCCGGGUGGCGCCUAUGGGGCGCCCCCGCCUGGGGCGUAUGGGGAGGGGUAUGGCGCCCCGUCCGCUUCUGCAGGGUCUAUCCCUCCGGGCAGCAACAUCGUACUGGUGUUUGCGGGAUUCGAGCCAACGCGCGAGUUCGAUGCGUCUGGUCGGAUCAGAGGACCAAAUGACUCGUAUUUGGAGCAUAUUCAGACGUCCACGGGUAUCAAGGCGACGUUGCAUGGACGAUGCUCCAACAACCACGAGAUCAACGGCGAAGAGCUAAACGCGCCCCUGCACGUCUCCCUGACUGCCUCUGAAGGUGCAUCAGCAGCACAGAUGGCCGAAGCAAAGAAGCUGGCAGAGAGCCUCAUAGACACCAUCCGGGACGAGUGGCAGCAGCAGCAGCAGUCAGGGGGCGCAGGGGGUGGAGCCGGAGGGGGAGGAGGCGGAGGGGGUGGGGGAGGGGGUGGUGGAGGGGGAGGGGGGGAGAAGGACGGGGGUGGAGGGGGAGGCGUGAGUGGCCCAGGGUAUGCGGCGUAUGGGGGGUUGUAUUCGCAGGUGGGCAUGGGGGGAGGGGGAGGGGCGGGCAGGAGCACAUCGGGCAAGGGGAGAAAGUUCCGGGAAGUGACUGACGUGGGAGGGGGAGGAGGGGGUGGUGCUGCUGCUGCUGGUAAUACUGCUGGUGGUGGUGCUGGUGGGAGUGGUGGGAGUGGUGGUGGUGGUUCGUCUGGUGGGGGUGGUGGUGGUGCAGGGAACGGUACAGGUGCCCACCAGUCUUCCUAUGGCUCGUAUGGGGGUAGUUAUAUCACUUACCAGCCGCAGCAGCAGCAACAGCAACAGCAACAGCAGCAUCAGCAGCAACAGCAGCAACAGCAGCAACAUCACCAACAGCAGCAGCAGCAGCAGCAGUACCAGUCGUCUUCCAUGCCUCCACCGCAGGCUCGGUCGAUCAUGGGCCCGCCGCCCCCGAAGCUGCCGACCAGGCUCGGCGGAGGAGGUGGAGGCCAGGCAAAUGGGCAAAACGGUUCGGUGACUGCAGGCUCGGCAGGUGGCUCGGGAGGCAUGACUCUGGUGGACUAUGGGGAGGAGGAAGAUUGA